UGAAACUAUAUUGAGGAGAGGGAAGGGGACUUAUGUAACUAUAUUCCGAAUCCUUCUCCCCAUCAAAAUCUGCCUCCCUUGCCCAUAAGGAGAGAGUCUCCCUAGUGAGGAAUCCUUUAGAACUGAUGACGUCCUAGCUGUGAGCUGACCCAAGAGCUACACUGAUUAGGAAGCAGAUUCCGCACAGAAGACCAAGCAAAUCUCCUCUUCUAGUCUUACCCCCAGGCUGUGGUGCUACGAGAUGGCAAUUUAUCGUAUAGAAGAAUAGAUCCGUGGGCCUAUUGAUUGACCAUAGAUCAUAGAACCGAUCGACUGCUAUCUAAGAGAAGAUAAGUAGUUCUUCUAUCGUUCAAGGGCAAGGGGGAGAACAUGUAGCGGCUUGCCUAGAUCUCGUAUUUCCCACGUAGUCCGUAGGUCAAACCAAGGAUUCUCUUCACAGUCUUAAAGGAUGUAUCUCUCCUUUGCGCUGACUUAUGCUCUGCGAGCUAGGAGCGCAUCAUAGGGGCAGGGCGAAAACGAACAUAGGAUCAUCAUCAUGGCCCUUUUCUUCUUUCUUUUGCUGCUGAUCUCACAUCGAGAGCAGCUCCUUCUUGUUCAGGGUCAUCAGAUGAGAGAUCUUCUUCCGACUCCGAGAAAUCGGUCAAACGGGAGGCUACCCUCUCCUUUUAGUCGAGUAAUCAAUCCCUCGACUCAUCUCUCUAUCCAUAAAAAAGCCCUUCCCAGAGGAGAGCGGAAGCUCCAGGAUGAGUAUGCCCUGGAUUCCCGGAUUCAUUCUCGUCCUGAUCCACUCUGGAAUUUUCGGAAUCUACAAAAACAUUCUAGGAAAGGGCUCGUAAUGAUCUUCUCAAAGAUCACAAGGUGCUGAAGUGGCAGGAUAGGAGGG